AUGACGGUGAAGAGCAACAAACCCCCUCCGGCCUACGAGUCGGAGGAGGAGGAGAAGUGCAAACCCAUGUCCUACGAGGAGAAGCGGCAGCUCAGCUUGGACAUCAACAAACUCCCCGGCGAGAAGCUGGGCCGCGUCGUCCACAUCAUCCAGUCGCGAGAACCCUCCCUCAAAAACUCCAACCCCGACGAGAUCGAGAUCGACUUCGAGACCUUAAAGCCCUCGACCCUGCGGGAGCUGGAGCGAUACGUCACGUCGUGUCUGCGCAAGAAGAGGAAACCUCAAGCGGAGAAGGUCGACGUCCUGGCCGGUUCCUCCAAGAUGAAGGGCUUCUCCUCCUCCGAGUCCGAGAGCACGAGCGAGUCGAGCUCCUCCGACAGCGAAGAGUCCGAAACAG